GCACGAGAUGCUUGUACAGGUGGCUGCCUUUAUUCCUUUAAUGUAUAUGUGUUUGUGCACAUACUAUUCCUUGUUCAAAAUAGGAAUGUUGACAUUUUAUUCACUGACUCCAAGACAAACAAGUUCAGUCAGUUUGCUUAUGAUAUGCUCGAUGGUUGCACGCUAUGCUCCUCCUAUUUCAUACAACUUUCUCAACCUUAUCCAUCUUGACAACCGUGCAAAGACUAUCUUUGAAAAGAGAAUGGGGAAUAUUGAUGAUGCAGUCCCAUUCUUUGGAAGAAAUUUCAAUAAAAUAUAUCCGCUUAUUAUGGUCAUCUACACCUUAAUGGUUGCGAGCAACUUUUUUGAUCGAGUCCUUAGCUAUUUUGGGAACUGGAAAAUUUUCAAAUUCCUGAGUGAAGAGACUGAUGAUUUUGAUGGAUUUGACCCCUCAGGACUCAUUAUUGUGCAAAAAGAACGUUCUUGGCUUGAACAAGGACAUAAAGUAGGUGAGCUAGUUGUUCCAUUGGCUAGGAAUUUCCAAAAUGCAAGCUUGGAUCUUGAAUCUGGCGGCAAUAAUAUGCUCCAGGAAGCAAAACCAUCAACAAGACAGAGGGAAGACGAUAAUGUUAGCCAUUCAAAACCUCUAAAAGGAGAGGCACAAUAUGAGAACAGCAAAGAGGGGAUCAGUGGAAAGUACAAGGCAAAAAGAGCAAGACAGAUGAAGAGAGGAAAUAGCAUAAGUUCAAAUGAGAAGAGCAGGGACCGCCCCUUGUCUUCACGGGACGAAAGCUCCAUGAUGGAUAUGCAAGUUCAACCUUCUAGAAGCUUAUCCUCAACAUGGAGAUCAAUGAAAACAGGUUUUAGCAACUUCAAGUCUAACAUGGAAUCAAAGGGAUUCGUCCCUUUACAUCAAGUUCAAGAUGCAGGACACAGUCGUGCUUCCUCAACUGAAUCCCUGGAUGAAAUAUUUGAGAAGAUAAAGAGGCCAGGUUCAGAAUCUACAAACUAUGACAGUGACGAUGAUGUUUACGAAAUGAGCCUGAAAAGUUCAAAACCAAGAAGAUAAUAUAUGUAAAAUUUUGUCAGAGAGCAGGCUACCAAUUUUGUGCCAGAAUCAGGAUAUUGGUUGUAAAGUUUGUUCAAUAUUCUUGUCUCUAAGUAGCAGGUUUCUGCGUUGCAGAUCCUUUUGGCAUCUGUUUUGUUGUAACGAGUAUAGAAUAGUCCCUCCUUUACAAAUUACCAUACAAGAAGCAUAAGCCACAACUUGAAAACCUUCUUAAAGAGUUCGAAACAUUGUUAUUUGGAAA